GUCGCAGCGGCAAGGCACGUGCGUUCGCGACUCCGUUAAGUACUUUCUUAGUAGUGACAUAAUCGUUUCCUCCAAAAAGUUGCCCCUCCGCGCGCGCACGCAUCUUCACGUCUCCCACUUACAACCUUCAUGCCCAACUUUCCAUCUACACCACUAGACGCUCUAGAUAUCCCGAAUUGCUUACAGACCGACAAUCGCCAUGGUCCGCCCGUCAACACCACCGCCGAACCCGGCAAUGGCGCCGCUGCCCGCCAGAACCCCUCCAACACCAGCAGCAAUCCGUCGCAUGGAAGAAUCUCGCCUCAAAGCAAAAGCAAUCCGCGACCGCCGCGAUGCCGAACUCGCCGCUUCAGGCGCAAUCCCUACGCCCAAAACCGCAUCGGGCUUCGUAGCCACCAACGACGUCCACAUCACCAACGCAGGUGCCUCCCAAGCGACAGACCUCUCCCGCAAACGCCCGCACUCGUCCAUCUUAACGACAAAUCCUGCGGCAGCCACAGGCGCAGAAUCACAUCCGUCAACGAAUCGCGAUGCUCGCGACACAAACGCCGCCCCGCGCCCGGCGCGCAACUUUGCCAAAUUCGUCGAUUACAACAUGUCCGCCAUGACAGACACAAAAGGCGGCUUCCUCACCGCAGAAGACGAUCCGCACAACACGGCCCUCGUGCCCAAAGUAAAACCCGGCGGCCCACCCCAGGAGGAGAAACCAAAAGGCAUGACCUCGCAAGAAUGGGAACGUCUUCAACUCCUCAAGAAACUCCGCCGCCAGAAAGCUGGACCUUUUGAGCCGGGCCUCAGCGUCCUCGCCGACGCCACCAUGCGCAAGAAAUGCGCCGACUGCUCCUCGUACGAAAUCGAUUUUGUCUGGGACGAGAUCUUCGGCAUCCAGGUCUGCAACGUCUGCAAGGACAAGCUUCCCGAAAAGUACUCGCUCCUCACAAAGACGGAGUGUAAAGAGGACUACCUCCUCACCGACGAGGAACUCAAAGACGCCGACCUCCUCCCACACCUCUCGCGACCCAACCCGCACAAGUCGCACUGGCACGACAUGAUGCUGUUCCUCCGCUUACAAGUGGAAGAAUAUGCCUUCACCACGAAAUGGGGGUCCGCAGAGAAACUUGACGCAGAGUUCGCCAAGCGCGAAGCCGACAAGAAGAGGCGCAAGGAAGCCAAGUUUAGGGAUAAACUCAACGAUCUCAAGCGCAAGACCAGGACCGAGGCCAUUCGCAGACAGCAGGCGACCACAGCCGCCGGCGCGGGGCCGAGAAAGUUUGGAGACUCUGUCGGCGGCGGGAAGCACGUUCACGAUUGGGGUCGAGCGGUUGAGAACGAGGAGGGCAUGACGGUGAAGAAAUGCAACGGAUGCGGCAUGGAAGUCGAGGAGUUGGAAUUCUAGCACAACGUGCUUGGUGUCAUGUAGCAAGACCUUCUUUCUUCCUUCAAAGCGGCGACGGCAAACGUUGAUUUCCAUGACAAUGAAUCCUAAUACCCAAAAUCAUACAAUCAUCUAUUCUCUUCACCCCUUAAAA